AUGGCCGUUCGGCGCAAUCUGACGGAAUUUUUCAUGUUGGGACUCUCACAGAAGCCAGAGGUACAAGGAGCUUUCUUUGUGUUCUUUUUGGUUAUCUACGUGAUCACAGUGUGUGGCAACAUGCUCAUUGUGGUCACCGUCGCUGCCAGCUCCCUGCUGGCUUCCCCCAUGUACUUUUUCCUGGCCAAUCUGUCCUUUAUCGACAUCUGUUAUUCCUCCUCUCUGGCACCUAAGCUCAUUGCUGACUCCUUGUAUGAGGGCACAACCAUCUCUUAUGAGGGCUGCAUGGCUCAGCUCUUCGGAGCCCAUUUUUUGGGAGGUGUUGAAAUCAUUCUGCUCACGGUGAUGGCCUAUGACCGCUACAUGGCCAUCUGCAGGCCCCUGCACUACACGACCAUCAUGACCAGGAACCUCUGUGCCAUGCUGGUGGCGGUGGCUUGGCUGGGGGGCUUCUUGCAUUCAUCGGUUCAGCUCUUUCUGGUCCUUCGGUUGCCCUUCUGUGGGCCCAACGUGAUCGACCACUUUGUCUGCGACUUGUACCCUCUGCUGCAGCUUGCCUGCACCGACACCUAUGCUGGUGUGCUGGUGGUGGCCAACAGCGGCGUGAUCUGCCUGCUGAACUUCCUCAUGUUGGCUGCCUCCUACAUUAUCAUCCUGCGCUCCUUGAGGUCCCGCAGUGCGGAGGGGAGGCUCAAAGCCCUCUCUACCUGCGGGGCCCACUUCACAGUGGUGACCUUGUUCUUUGUGCCCUGUAUAGUUAGUUAUAUGCGUCCAUCAUCUACUUUACCCAUAGACAAGAGCAUGGCAGUAUUUUAUGGCAUUCUGACACCCAUGCUGAAUCCGCUCAUUUAUACCCUGAGAAAUGAAGAAGUAAAAAAUGCCAUGAGAAAGUUCUUUACACAAUAG